AUGCCCCUGCUGCCCAGCAUCUUGUGCCUGGCAGGCCUGCUCUUCCGGGCAGACCAGACAGCAAGCACCACGAUGAUGCCCAAUGCCACCCUGGAGCUGGCCCAGCCCAAGGUCACAGCCGUGAGGUCCCUGACUGGCCUAGGGGUGCCCAGGUACCACCGGAAGCGCCACAUCUCUGCCAGGGACAUGAGUGCCCUAUUGGAUUAUCACAACCACCUCCGGGCCAGCGUGUAUCCACCCGCCGCCAACAUGGAGUACAUGGUCUGGGAUGAGCAGCUGGCAAGGUCUGCUGAAGCCUGGGCCACCCAGUGCAUUUGGGCCCAUGGACCCUCGCAGCUGAUGAGAUACGUGGGCCAGAACCUCUCCAUCCAUUCUGGCCGGUACCGCUCCGUGGUAGAUCUGGUGAAGUCUUGGUCUGAAGAGAAGAGGCAUUAUUUGUUUCCGGCCCCGAGGGACUGUAACCCACACUGCCCCUGGCGCUGCAGCGGCCCCGUCUGCUCCCACUAUACCCAGAUGGUGUGGGCAUCCUCCAACCGGCUAGGCUGCGCCAUCCACACCUGUGGCAGCAUCAACGUCUGGGGCAGCAACUGGCGUCGGGCAGUGUAUCUGGUCUGCAACUAUGCCAUUAAGGGCAACUGGAUCGGGGAGGCGCCGUACAAGAUGGGGAAGCCAUGUUCUGCCUGCCCCUCCAGUUACCAAGGCAGCUGCAGUAGCAACAUGUGCUUCUCUGGCCUCGAAUCCAACAGGCUCCUGUGGUUCUGAAUUUUCCCUGGGCUCUGCUGGGUCUCCAUCUGGACCUGAACCCCCAAGAGUCACUCCCCAAAGACACGGUCAAGGAAUUACUUUUUACAAAGCACGCGGUUAAGGCUCACUCACUGAUCUGAAUUUUCCCUUUUGGAUUCCAUCUCCUAAAUGUCCAGGCAUGUGCCAAAAAAAGCCAUUUUCUUGCUCUCCUUCUUUCCUCAUUUCCAUCUUUCUAUUCUCUGCCCUCCAGGAAAGAGACCUGCAUCUUUAAUUGACUCAGUGCUCAGAGAGCCGGGGCUGGAGUGGAGCAGUGGCAGCUCCUUAGUUUUGUGAUUCUCAGCCUUAAAUCCCAAAAG